CAUUUAUAAACGGUUGUAUUAUUAAUUUUAUUGAAAAUUAAAUGUAAAAAUUGUGUUCGUAGAUUCAGAUAAAAAACUCGAUUUAAUUUUUGUAUUUCGAGAUCAUAUGUUAAGGUUAGGUCAAAACAAUAUAUCAUAUAUGUAGGCAGAAAGUUAUACUAAUUAUAAUUGUUCAUAUUAUUCGAAAACAGAACUAGCAGAUACUAUUAAAUAAAUUAUUUGAAUGUAUUUCAUGUGUUUUAAUCUUACGAUUACCAUAUUGUAAUUAUAUUGAUAUUUUGUGAUAAUAAAAAAAAUGAGAAGCCUAAUAGGCGUACGUUUCUGUGCCAACAUUCAAUUAAGAAAUUAUGCAGUGAUUUCAACAUUACAAUUAAUGAAAAAGUCUAUGCAUCAAUGUAUAUCAAAUAAAGGAAUAUAUUGUUUUAAAAACCAACAAAGAUCUUUACAAAUCAUCCAGCGUUGUGAUAUCUUAAAUCUUUCACUUUGCGAUUGUGUCAAAGUGGAUAAAGGAAGAAACAUUUCUAUUCUAACUUCUAUAUUGGCAAAAAGUAAAAACCGUGGCGAAAAGAAGCAAAAAACACAGCAUAUUGAUUAUAAUGAGUUUGAACAAGUUGUUGAUGUUAAUAAAUUAACAUCUCAAUUCGACAAGGCAAUUGAAAAUUUAAAAGAUAACUUUACUCAGCAUUUGUCACUACGAACAAGUGUAGGUGCUAUUGAGAUGUUACCUGUAAGGUUUGAAGGCAAAGAUUAUAUGUUGCAAGAGCUUGCAGAGAUUAAUCGCAAGCCAAAACUUAUAGUGCUGAAUGUAUCUAUUUUUCCACAAGCUAUUCCAGAUAUUUUGAAAAGUCUUAUGAAAAAUCAAAUGAAAUUAAAUCCACAACAAGAUGGAACUACAAUUUAUAUACCUAUUCCUAAAAUAACAAAAGAACACAGAGAAAAUUUAUCUAAAAAUGCAAAGAGUUUCUAUGUGAAAUGUUGUGACAAUGUUAGACAAAUACGCAAUAAACAAAUUAAAAUGGUAAAGCAAAAGGAAAAUCUAGCUAAAGAUCUAGUAUUGAGACUAGAAAGUUACAUAGAUAUUCUUAGUCAUCAAUAUAUAGCUAAUGCUGAACAAAUAUUGAAAAUCAAACAAAAAGAAUUAUUAGGUGAUUCUGAAUAAAUUGUUCUCAU